AUGAUGAGUUUUUUUGAUUUUGAAAAAUUAACUGAGUAUAAUUUGAAAUUUCAGAUCUUACCAAUUUUGCUGUCACCACCUAAUAUCGUAUCAAAUGUUUCUCAACCUGCACCUAGUGCUGCAAAAAAUAUAGCAAAAGCUGAAGCUAUUAAUCAUUUAGAAGUUUAUAUGGAAAAAAUGAGGGCACAAAUAGAAAAAGGAAGAAAACAUCUACGAAGAUUUGAAAAAAAUGAUCUGGUUCAGAUUCAAAUUUCUGAAGUUGAUCGUGCUGGAUGCCAGUAUAGAAGGUUAAAUGAGCAUUAUUCUGCUAUUAAAUUGGUUCCUAUAUCUGGAACGUUUAGAGAAUACCUAGAGCUUAUUGUUAUUUCCGAGAUUUGU